GAGGAGAGACUGAUCCUGCCCCUGAAACCAUGGGACCUGUCAGCUACUCAUCAGAGACCUAUGACUUGAGCCAGGUGGAGCUGAGUGGUUACUAUGAAGCCGAGAACAGCACCCCGUCUUUGGAGGGCUACUUUUGCUUCAACCCAUCCUCAUCCGUGGUCGGCAACCAGAGAGACCCCUUCAGAAAGGUCUUCAUGCCCCUCAUCUACCUGCUGAUGUUUGUCUUGGGGACUGUGGGCAAUGCCCUGGUCCUGGUCAUUUUAGAGAGGUUCAAGCGCUCUCGCACUACCACGGAAAACUUCCUCUUCCACCUCACCCUGGCCAACCUGGCGCUGUUGCUCACCUUCCCCUUCAGCGUGGUGGAGAGCUUGGCCGGGUGGGUGUUUGGGAAGUUCCUCUGCAAGAUCCUCAGUGCUGUCCACAAGAUCAAUUUCUACUGCAGUAGCAUGCUGCUGGGGUGCAUCGCAGUGGACCGCUACCUGGCCAUCGUCUACGCAAUCCACACCUACCGCAAACGCAGAGCUCGCUCCAUCCACCUCACCUGCAUGGCUGUCUGGCUCUGCUCGCUGCUUUUGACCUUACCCGAUCUCAUCUUCAUGGAAGUCUGGACAGACGACAGCAACCGCAGCAUUUGCUAUUUUCCAGAGGUUGGGAUUGAUGGCAACAAUGUCUGGCUAGCGACCCGCUUCCUCUACCACACCGUGGGCUUCUUCGUGCCCCUGCUGGUCAUGUGUUACUGCUACAUGGCCAUCGUGCGGGCUCUGUGUCAGUCCCAGCGCCUGCAGAGGCAAAAAGCUGUCCGCGUGGCCAUCCUGGUCACGGGCGUCUUCCUGCUCUGCUGGAGCCCGUACCACAUCGUCAUCUUCCUGAACACGCUUACCAAGCUAGAAGCCUUCACCAAGAACUGCCUCCUGGAAGACCAGCUGGACACGGCCAUCAUGGUGACAGAGGCCAUCGGCUUCACGCACUGCUGCCUCAACCCCAUCCUCUACGCCUUCAUCGGGGUCAAGUUCCGUAACGACUUCUUCCGGAUCCUGCAGGAGCUCGGCUGCAUAAGCCAGGAGACCCUGCAGGAGAUCCUGGAGGUGGCGAGGAAGGGCAGCGGCAUCGAGUCUGACAACACCACCUCUAUCUCCACUUUCUAGCUGGGAAAGGCUGCCUGCGGCGCAGAACCGGCCUGGGGUUUGCCUUCCCGGUGGCACACGUGCUGUGGCCUCGCUCCCACGUUUCACAAGCGUCCCCCACCGCUUCUCUCCGCUCCUCAGGAAACUGAGGUCCAGUAGCCACCAAACACCCAAAGCCCACCAGAUCCCUUCCCUGGCUCCUUCUGGUCCUCAUACCUGUAGAAAUCUGUCUGGCAGCUGUUGGUGAGCGCUGGCUGUCCGAUGGUCGCUCUGGCAGGGACGGAUGAACCUGAGCGCGUUGAACAGGACGUUUCCACCUCCCCCUCGAAAAACUGACUGCAGGCGUCCUGCGCACGGAGCCAGGCACGAGACUGGGGUGCUGGGGGCGAGGGAAAAAGUGCAGCUGAGUAAACAGGGAGUCGCGUCAGCAAGCGAGGGCAAAGCUAAGCAGGUCUCCAUUUCACCGGCUUCGGUUGGCAGAGACGUGCCUGAAGGAAGCAGCAGGACUCGGUGACCACGGCAGCUGGAAGGAGAGGUGCAGGUAGGGCCAGCGGCGGGUGCAGAGCUCACGCCGAUAGCACGGGCACGCGGCGCUGGAUGGUCCCUGGCUGCAAUGUUGCUCCUCCUGCUGCAUGACGUCCCCUUGGCUGGCCGGGGCACGUUGAUCUUCCCACCUUGGCUCAGGCCAGGCAGUCCUGCCGCAGACUCCAAGGUCUGACUGUUGCAGAUUCCUUUCCUGACAUCAGCCGCAUCCUCUCCCGCUCACUCCAUCUGUUUCACUGCUGCGACGAGCUCCAGUGAGUGGCUGCUGAAGCGAACGCCUGACUAUCCCAAAGCUUUCCUUUAAGGAAUAAAGCCGUCUGGAGAGAUGGCUUCUAUCUCGUGACUAAGCACAAGAGCUAUGAACCACACGUCUUUGUGAGGCAGAAGGUGUAACUUUUUUUUUUUUUUUGCAGCUACUUGUACAGCACUUUGUGGGUUCUGAGAGCAAGGAGACCCAUUGCCCCGGAGUAAGGAAAAAUGCUCGCUUGCUUAAUUUCUGUUUGUUUUUAGCAGGCUGAAAGAGGAUGUAACGUUUUGCUUUGCGCUGUGCUGAUAUUUUUGCUCCGCCUGCACCUACGGGACUUUCAGGGGUUUAGUGCAUCCAGGUUUGCGCAGAACAAACCUGGGCGCUGAUCUUGCCCUGAACCACGAGCAUCCAGCAACUGCUCAGAUCGGGGCUGCUUGAUAACGAUUUGGUCCAAAAUAAGCGCAGCAGCCUUUGCCGUCAUUAAUUAUUGCACCGCAAGCUGGGAGCUGGGACACGAGGCAGCCCUGAUGGACUGGGGCAUCCCGCUGCUUCCUGGCCCGUCUUGUCGCAGCUCAACGCGGCCGCGCGCACGCAGCGCUGCUCCAUUACGCUUCUCUUGCUAGCUGUCGGUGCAGCGGCCUCAACAGUACGAGAGACACGCGUAGCAUCACGCCGGCACGACCAGAAUCACGAGCACGCUUUAAAAUCCACUCUGCCAUUAACCUCGCUCGGUAAGCAAAGUCAGAACAACACCAGUUCUCCUGCUGCAGCAGGAAUUUUGUGCUACGCUCGCUCCUGAAGUCCAGCCCGCUAACAAAGGGCUCGGUCGCAGCUGAACUUCACCGUGCCCAAGGG